UGCCUCAGCAUGGUUUGAUGAGCAGUGCCAUGCCCGCGCCCAGGAUUCGAACCAACGAAACACUGGGCCGCCUACAGCGGAGCGCGCGAACUUAACCACUCGGCCAUGGGGCCAGCCCCUUGACAGACUUUUUUACCAGGAAAGGUGGUCGUAUUAAUCUAGUGGAGAAAACGUUAUGAAAGCUGUGAGUUUAAUUUUCGUUCUGAUGACAAAACCUUGAGUAACAUUUAAUGUCAGUGCUUUCUCACAAAACUCAAUGUCCAUAUAAGGUACUAAGUUAACGAAAAAACAGAAUCCUCCUACCUUCUUAAAAGGCCUACUGUGACAGCUGCCCAGGCCUCAUUCUUGCUCCUUUGCAUCCAUUGUUUAUUGUUUACCCAUAGAAAUUUGCCCUUGAGAAGGGAUGCAUUUCAGCUUAGAGGCAAGGAAAUAGUGAAAUUAAUUGAUUCAUUUGGGGAUGAAGCUUGCGACUCUUACCAGAUUAGCAUCAUCCUCUCACCUGCUGAGUUAAAUGCAACAGAACAACAGCUCUCCAAGUACUUUUAAACUCCUUACCCUCAUUUCAAAGCCCAGCUCAUUCUCUUACUUUGUUAAGAAGCAAUGUGGUAUGACUGGGAUAAAGAAGGAAAAAGCAUGUUGUCACUUGAGUGAGACUGCCUUAGAAAUGUUAGCAAGUCAGGGUUGGGUGUUUCCUGUCUUUUGGAAGAGAACAGGCCUAAACAGUACCUUCCUCAUCCUAUACCUACGAGGAAGGAACCAUGGUUGAGAUUAGAGAUGCUUCCUUAGCCGAUUUUUUAAUCAAAUGUAAAUUAAACUAACUUUAAAUAUAUACCAAAAGGAUGGGAAUGGAAAACAUAAUGUAUUGUUAAAGGACCUAUUUCAUGUAAAUUUUUGUUUCUUGAACAAAAUGUGAACUACCUAAAGAAUGAAAUUGGAAAGUCAGUGAGAGGAACUGUAGAAUCGAAGACCGAUAUUUAAAUUUUGAGCCUAGUAGUUGGAUUUUGUGCACAUUGUUUAUGUGUCGAUUACUUCUUGUGUAAAAUGGGGAAAAUAUUUACCUCAUAGAAUUAUUUUAAAGAUCAAAUAAAGACUUUAAAGCCUUUAGGGCAGUGUCUGGCCCAGGGUAGGUGCUUAAUAAAUGGCAGCUUUAUCAAUAAUCAUAACAACUUAAUGUUAUUGAAUACUUCACCAGACUGAAAACAGAAAGAAAGAAAAGGACAUAGGGAGCACAAGUGAGGGUGAUAAUAAAAUGAACUGAUUAUGUGUAUAUAAAAUAGAUUACAUUAGGCAGGGAUGUCAUGAGGAUUAGUGUGAUAGUGACCUUGUUGCUAAGUGGAAAAGCAAAACAAUGACGUAAAAACAAGUACGUUAGAACAGAGUGGAGGAGAGAGAGGGAGGCAGACGCUGCAGGAAAAAAAAAGCUGAUUAAAAAGGGGCCUUUGAUUCCACAGGCACAAAAAUCCACAGCCAGGAAUUUGCUGCCACCUCUGAGUCAGGCAGGGGGUGGGGGUGGGGUGCACAAUCCCAUUAGUAGAGAAAUGCCCAGUGGAUUUAGUCUGAGAGUCACAUUUCUUAUUUGGACCAGUGUAGACAGAAGCAAGCCCAGCUCACUUGUUUCCUGGGACAGUUGAGUUAGGGGAUGGCUUUCGCAGAGCAUUCAGCGCUGACCCCUCACCGCCGGGACCUCUGUAGCCGCUCUAUCUGGCUAGCAAGGAAGAUUCGUUCAGACCUGACUGCUCUUACGGAAUCUUAUGUGAAGCAGCAGGGCCUGGACGAGAACAUGAACCUGGACUUUGUGGGUGGUGUGCCAAUAGCAAGCACUGUUCGAUGGAGUGAGCUGACUGAGGCAGAGCGACUCCAAGAGAAUCUGCAAGCUUAUCGUACCUUCCACGUUAUGUUAGUCAGGCUUUUAGAAGACCAACAGGUGCAUUUUACUCCAGCUGAAGGUGACUUCCAUCAAGCAAUACAUACCCUUCUUCUCCAAGUUGCUACCUUUGCUUACCAGCUGGAGGAAUUAAUGGUGCUCCUGGAACACAAGAUCCCCCCCAAAGAGGCCGAUGGGAUGCCUAUUAUUAUUGGAGAUGGUGGUCUCUUUGAGAAGAAGCUGUGGGGCCUAAAGGUGCUGCAAGAGCUUUCACAGUGGACAGUGAGGUCCAUCCAUGACCUUCGAGUCAUUUCUUCGCAUCGGACUGGGAUCCCAGCACAUGGGAGCCAUUAUGUUGCUAAUGACAAGAAAAUGUAGCAGUUACCCCUCUUGCUUUCUCUUCUAAUGGAAUAUAUGUAGUUCUCUGAGGCCUCACUUUUCUAUUCUUAAGUUUUUGAAAACCUUUAAGACCACAGGCAUUUUCGUUAAGUAGGGUUGGAGACAUGGACAAAUGGACAUAACAUUUUACCCUCGGGGGGGGGAGGUGUAUAUAUGUGUUGGGGCCAUAAGGGAGUGGGACAGAGGUAACAUUCUUCCACCUCAGUGCUCUAAUCUUUUCUACCCAUUAAGUAAUCUUUACAGGCAUUUAACAACCUCACAGGAUAAAUAUAUUUUUGACUCUAGGAUGACUCUUCUGAGAAGACUAACAGUGAAUUAAAAAUCAUGGACUCUAGCCAAUUCAAACUUGGAUAAUAAAGAUAGUAACUAACGUUUGUUAAGUAUCUGCUGCAUUGAAGUAAGAUGCCAGGGGCUUUAUGUAUAUUAUAAUUUUCACAGCAACCCUCUUGAGGGAGGUGGUGUUACUCCCAUUUGGCCGAUGUGAAAACAGGCUCUCAGAAAUUUACAACUUGCUCAGGGUUACCCACCUAGCAGAUGGCACACUAACUUUGAAUCCAGAUCUUUCUUAUUCCAAAGCCUAUAUGCCCUUCACUUUAGAGGCCUGAUUAUGAACCUCUGUCACUGCACUUCUUGGCCACAGAGGGUUGGAAAAUGUAUCCAUGUAGUCUAAUCCUAGCACUGCAGGAACAACCCCCAUUACAUGUCCUGAAUGGCACAAUUUUAGUGUUAAAAGCAGUAAUUAAUUGUUGUCCAUACUUGGCAAAGAAAGCAGUGGAAAUCUUAAGAUUUUGUUUGGGGCAAAGAUUAGGCCCACCAAGCUUCGGAAUUUAGGAAGCUGAGGAUGUGCAGUAAUACAGCCUGCUUUAAAGUGUUCACUGAUGCUCUUCUCUGGGGUUGAGCACAGCGUUGUACCAGGUUACGUCACGUUUAUUACAGUCAGCAAUGCAGUGGUACAGACACUGUAACGCAAGCGUUCAUGGACGAUGGGUGGAAUACUGCUCAGGUUAAAAAGUCACAGAACUCCUUCACCACACAUUCUCAGGACUUAGUCAUGAAGAGAGGGUGAGGUCCACUCUGUCCCCAGUGGGAAUGCCAGCGAUUCUGAAACAAUUUACAACAAAGCCUUCAUGCUUCACAACAAAGGGGCAGAGCUCUGCAUUUAAUAGACACACAGUGUGAGAGGCACCAGCUGGUAAAUGUGGACAUUUGCAGUCAGGCCUAUGAACUAGUCGUGCAAUGUGAAAUCCAAGUUCUCAGGAAUAGUUUGUUUCACACUACCAUUUAGUUAAAACUCAACAUCUUGGAUUAGGGACCCAAAUCAAUUUUGUUUACUUAUUUUGGGCUUCUGUGUUCUUUUUUCUUUUUCUUUAAGAUUUUAUUUUUUCCUUCUUCUCAAGGCCCCCCCAGUACA